AUGUAUGGUCCCGAACGCCCUCCACCUCCUAGACCAAAGAUAUGUGUGACAACCUUCACCAAUCCUUUGACUGCCUCUGGCACUACCACUUCUGCUCAAGGUGAGAUUGGAAGGGAUCUGUUCAAGAACAUUGAGCUCCCAAGUAGUAUUCAAGACAAAGAUGGAUUCAUUGAAAUGAUGGUUGCAUUGUCACACAAUAUCGUGGCUAUCAACGAACAGGCCGAGAAGAAGAAGUAG